AUCUCUAAGCGCGUUCAACUAUGCCUCAGCAAAUUAAGGAUAUUAAGCAGUUCCUUGAGAUCUCCCGCAGAAAGGAUGCCCGCUCUGCUCGCAUCAAGAAGAACGCUGAUGCCACCAAGUUCAAGGUCAGAUGCUCCCGUUACCUUUACACCCUUGUUGUCAAGGACCAGCAGAAGGCUCUGAAGCUUAGACAGUCCCUUCCCCCUACUCUUGUUGUCUCCGAGAUCUAAAUUAAACCAUCAUUUACCUGAGGUUUCUUUAGUUGUAUGGUUUUGACCUUUAUUUGUUUUGCGAGUAAAAUAGUGCGUAUAUAUACAUGUAUGUAUGUAUAUGCAUAUACACUGUGUGUGAUUUGUGUGAUUUGUGUGUAUUGUGUGUAUUGUGCUCUUAACAAAAAAAAGCAAGUGAUAUAAAUUAUUAAGACU